AUGGCCCCUUCUACUCAUUUCACGCUCAACACGGGCGCCAAGAUUCCCGCUGUUGGUCUCGCCCCUGACAUUUCGCGUGCGUUGAUAGGAACAUGGCAAUCGAAGCCUGGUGAGGUCCGUAAAGCUGUGGCUUACGCCCUCAAGGAUGGGUACCGUCAUAUCGACGCAGCACUCAUCUAUGGUAACGAGAACGAAGUCGGCCAGGGCAUCAAGGAUAGUGGAGUGCCGCGCGAGGAGAUCUUCCUUACCAGCAAGCUUUGGAACACGCACCAGCCCAACGUUGCUGAAGGACUACAAAAAUCCCUUGAUGCUCUGGGUGUGGACUACCUCGAUCUCUACCUCAUCCACUGGCCUGUUCGACUGGUCCCCAACGAGACAAGCGACCUCCUCCCCGUGAACCCCGAUGGCACUCGAUCAGUUGAUCGAUCCUGGGACCAGAGCGAGACCUGGCGCCAAAUGGAAGAAGUCUGCAAGUCCGGCAAGGUCAAGGCCAUCGGUGUUGCCAACUGGUCCAUCCCUUAUCUUGAGGAGCUUCGCAAGACGUGGAAGGUUGUUCCAGCCGUGAACCAGGUUGAGCUACACCCCUUUCUCCCCCAGCAUGAACUCCGAGAAUAUUGCGAGAAGCUGGGCAUUCUUCUUGAGGCUUACUCUCCUCUUGGCUCCACUGGUGCACCUAUCAUGUCGGAUGACGAAAUCCAAAAGAUCGCGGACAAGAACGGUGUAUCAGCUGCCACAAUUCUCAUCAGCUACCAUGUCAAUAAGGGUGUUGUGGUUCUUCCCAAGUCGGUAACGGAGAAGCGCAUCUCUUCUAACAAGGAGGUCAUCUCACUGUCGGAGGAGGAUUUGGCUGCACUCGACAACUUGGCCAGUAGAGGCAAGGCCAAGCGUAUUAACACUCCUCUCUGGGGAUUCGACCUGGGCUUCGCUGACUGGUAUGGCCCUGUGAAGUCAGAAUGA